AUGGCGGCAAUUUCUCCUUCCUUCCUUCUCUUCCUCAUUCCCAUUGUCCCACUCUCGCUUCUCGCUGCCUUAGCCCUAAUCGUACGCCCUCGUCCCAUCAGAAUCCCCAUCAAGUCCCGUCACGUCUUCAUCACCGGCGGAUCUAGCGGCAUCGGUCUCGCUCUCGCCCAACGCGCCGCCUCCGAAGGCGCUCGCGUCUCCAUCCUCGCCCGAUCCUCCGGUAAGCUCGAUGAGGCUAAGCAAACCAUCAAGCUCGCCACCGGCGUCGAAGUCGCCACAUUUUCCGCCGACGUUCGCGAUUACGACGCCGUGUCGAAGGCGAUUGACGAAUCUGGACCAGUCGAUGUGUUAAUCGUGAAUCAAGGUGUUUUUACCGCGAAGGAGCUGGAGAAGCAUAGUCCAGAGGAUGUCAAGUUCACGAUUGACGUCAAUCUCGUGGGGAGCUUCAACGUGAUUAAGGCUGCUUUGCCCGCCAUGAAAGCUAGGAAAGGUCGUGGUCCUGCCUCCAUCUCUCUCGUAUCCUCUCAAGCCGGUCAGGUGGGGAUAUAUGGUUAUGCUGCAUAUUCAGCAAGCAAGUUUGGGCUUCAGGGUUUAGCACAAUCACUGCAACAAGAAGUUAUUGCUGAUGAUAUUCAUGUCACUCUUAUUUUUCCUCCAGACACUGAUACACCUGGUUUUGAGGAAGAACAGAAGAGCAGGCCUGAGGUCACUGCCAUAAUAGCUGCGUCAUCUGGCUCAAUGAAAACAGAAGAAGUAGCCAGAAAAGCUAUGGAUGGGAUCAAAGCAGGAAAGUUCACAGUGUCAUGCAACUUUGAGGGGUUUUUACUGUCACUGGCUACAACCGGCAUGUCACCUCAGAGAUCAUUUUGGCUUGCUUUUGUUGAAGUUAUAACCGCAGGGCCUAUAAGAUUAGUCGCUCUCUUCUUCCAAUGGGAUUGGUAUAAUGCCAUUGCAAAGUGGAGCAAAACCAAAACCAAAUAG